GUUGGUCGGGUCGGUCGUGUUACUGCCAGGGGUACACGACACCUUUCCGCGCUGCUUCGCAAACUCACCACCGAUUAGAAGAUUGAGGGACUGUCCAACCAGAAGGAAAUGUGCCUCGUCAUCCAUUCCACUGCUGCUGGCAUCGAGCUUAGAUCCGGCAGACUCGGAGGGGCUUCUGAAGAUCCUGGGCGUUGGUGAAGGCCCCAGGUUGGCCUACAUCGGGACCGCAAGGACGGCACCACGCAAGGACUCAGAGAGGCCUUUGAAGGACCAGCGCAAGAAACGGCGUUACGAAGCGCGACAUCGGAGCAAGAUGCUGGGAGAAGCUUUGGGUGCAUCAAGUGUGGACAACAUCUUCCUUGAGGACAUGGCCAAGCAUUCAGAUGGCAGUGCAAGACCGUUGAGCAAUGCUUUGAAGAGUGCACUUGGAAACGACGGCCGUGGCAUUCUUUUCGUUGAUGGUGGCAACACUUUCUGGCUUUGGUUUCAUGCGAAGCAAGCAGGCCUCUCCACCGCACUGCGAGAGCUGCGUGAUUCGACCUCCUUUGCGUAUGUGGGCGUCUCUGCUGGGGCCAUACUGUCGGGCAGAACAUGCAACACAGCAUACUGGAAAGGUUGGGAUGACCCCACUGUAGUUCCCAGUGAGUCGCUAAGUGAAAGCUUGGAUGGCCUGGUGCUGAUAGAUCAAGCCGUUUUCCCACAUUACGGGCCACAAUGGGAGGAAACAGUAAGCCGCUGUGUUGGGGCUUUACCGCCAGACUGCACACUCCUGUGCAUCGACGAGGAUAACGGAAAGCUUCUCGAGGGAAACAUCAACUGA